AUGGAGGAUCUGGAGACGUCGGCGGCGCUCGAGUUCCACGGCGCGCGCUUCGUGGUGACGCUGCAGGUGCAGCAGCAGCUGCUGCACCUGCAGGUGGAGGCGGCGGACGCGGCGGCGGCGCCUCCCAGCGUCUGGACGGGGCGCUUCCCGGCCUCGGACAUCGAGCAACUCACGCGCCAGACGGGCAACUCCAAGCGCUUCCCAGUGUUCGUGCAGAUGCUGCUUACAGCGCUGCACCGCCGCAGCGACGCCGUGUUCGUGGACCUGCUGACUGCAGCGGACCUGGAUCUCUACCGACAGCGGAAAAUGCAGCCCGGGACGGCCGUCGAAGGAUUGACGAGUGCUGGCGGUGCUGCAUCGAGUGGCAGUGGCAAGAGGUUCCUGAUCCUGACUUAUGCCGUCGAGUUCGACCGAGUUCACUACCCGCUGUCCUUGACGCCGGAGCUUUCGCCGUCUCCUGAAGUUCUGCAACGCACCAUUCGCAGGCUGAAGCAGGCGCUGGCGGAAAAGGAGAACGGCCCUACUGCUGCUGGUAGUGCGGCUUCGGACUCUCGACUAGCGGAUGAGAACGCCGUACUGAGAGAGGAGAAUCGCUGCUUGAAGAACACUCUGAAGCAGUAUUGCGACGGGACGAGGGAGGGUGGCAAUGGAGUGCUGAACUCGACGGGUGAGCUGCAGCGAGAGCUUCAGGCGUCGAUCGAAGAGAAUAAAGAGCUUAUUGCGCUCUACCAGCAGUUUCGAGAAGAUUCGGCUGUGGAGACUGCGCGACUUCGCACUGAGAUCAAACAACUGCGACUAGCAGCUCAGCAGAAUGAUCGCACAGAGCUGGCCAAGCAGGAGCAAGAGCGAUUGGAGACACGACGGAAAAUUAAGGACAGCAACGCUGCGGUACAAGAGACUCUUGCGCAAAUGGUGCAGAUGAAGGCCCAGCUGGAGGAAACUCAACUGAAGAACCGCGAGCUUCUUCGACAACUAGCGAUCGCGAGGGCUCAAGCUGGACAGCAAGGCCAACGUCAACGCCCAGCGCUCAAUGGCAGCAGGGGGACUGAUUUACCCUCGCGCUUUUCAAGAGGGAGGUCUCCUGCUUCGCGACAGCAGCGAACGCCGCGGAGCACUCGACGGGGACGACCCUCGCCUCGACCAGCUUUCCGGCGCUUUGACCCUACAGCCUACCAGCAAGAAAAGGAGCGCAAGCUACGCGAAGGUCGGGCGCGCUCGAACUCGCGCACACGACCGCCACGGUCCAAUGGCGGAUACUCGUCAGACAGCUCAGUGGGUGGUUACUCCUCAGCUGGCUCCCGAGGCUCUCAAGCUUCGUCGCGCUCUACGCGAUCACGCAGUUCACGGCUGUCAAGAGAUCGCCAACGCGAGCUUGAUGCGCGUCUGGCCUCUCCUAAGCGGGUGAUGGAGCCGCCUCCACUCGAGACCCGCCGCCCUCGCGCGUCAAACAAUUCGCCGCUUCCUCGAUCAGGCCCUCCCGGUGCUCGCUCUCGAAGUCGUGGGCGCUCGCCAUCGCCGUCACCAUCGCAGAGCAGCGGGAUCAGUCGUCAGGCUACUCCUAGGGGCUCUGCAGCGUCUUCACCGCGCAAACCGGUUCAGCAGACACCUCAGAAGAAGCUCAACCAGCUGAAUCCCGUGCUACGACGAAGGAAGCAGCCGCCUCAAGCGCUGCUGGACACGUCUGCUGAUUCAUUCAGCGACAUCGAUGACCGACUCACAGCUUUGCAGCAAUUUCUACGAGAGGCCAAGCAGGGCGGAAUAGGAGCUGCGGGGGCCAGCACCGCUGCAUGA